GACGGGACCUCUGUACGAGGUCCCGAUCAUGUGAUCACUGAUUGGCCAAUCAGUGAUCACAUGCAAAGUAGUAAGCAAGAUGUCACUUCUGACAUCAUUGCUUACUAUGUGUGAAAUCUGUGAAUGAUCACAGAGGUCACAUGGUACAAGGCUAUUCACAACAGCCUUGUACCAUGUGACAAGCUGUGACCAAUCACAGCUCACUCAGUAGUUCUCAAUGGCUGCAAGAAUGCAGCUAGAGAGAAGGAGAAAUGAUUGCUU